GAAGUGGAAUUCGACGGAAUUGAUUUUUUUAAUGGGCGUGCAACCCCGCAGCCAGCUUGAGCUCUAUUUGUGUUUUUGGAGGGCUCUAAUUAUGCAAUGAGCGGCUAUGAGAUCUUACGAGUCGCGAGCCGUUAUUCGGCUGAUUGUGCUGGUCGUGCCUAUUUUUGCCAGUGCUACCACUCUUCCCCCCUUUUGUUCUGCUUUGCUUAUUCAAUUUUUUCAGCACUGCUAUCUUUUAUUAUCUUCACCCAUACACCCACACACUCAUGAUUCGCACAGCAUCCGGAAUCCUACGGCGACGCGCGUUCCACAGCAGCACCAAACAGUGCAGCGGCGGCCUGCAGCGGGUACAGAGGCCGACAGAACUAGAAACGCUACUGGAUGGCAGCGACCAGUUCGCGCGUGUGAGCAAGCGCGCUGUGCUUGAAGUCAGCGGUCGCGACGCCAGCGCAUUCCUACAGGGCAUGCAGUGCAACAACAUGCCGCUGAUCGACCAGGGCGGCUCCGGCAUGCUCACAGGAUUCCUCAUGCCGCAAGGCCGCAUCAUCGCAGAUGCCUUCAUAUAUCCGAAAAACAUGGGCGUGAACUUUCCACACCCAGUGUUCCUGGUUGAGGUCGACGUGCGCGCACGCGAGCGGCUCCUCAAGACACUGCAGUUCUACCGCCUGCGGUCGCAGGUAGCCGUACGCGACGCGUCCGAAGAGUUUGGCGUCUGGAACGUGUGGGGGCCAGGCAGUGCCGCGCUAGUGGGCAAUGUCGGACGGCCACUGGGCCACGUGCCGCCCGGUGGGCUGAUAUUCAGGGGGGAGGCGUCGGCCGCCAGUGACGUCUGGCUGGCCGACAGCCGUGCUCCCGGAAUGGGGCUGCGGCUGCUGCUGCCCAAGUUCACAGUGCCUACACUGCCGGCCUCCUUCGAGGAGCGGCCGGCGAGCGAGUACGCGUUGCGCCGCAUACUGAAGGGUGUGCCCGAGGGCUGUGACGACUUUGUCCCCGACGUGUCGGUGCCCCUGGAGUGCAACAUGGACUACAUGCACGGCGUGCACUUCAGCAAGGGCUGCUACGUCGGUCAGGAGCUGACCAUCCGCACGCACCAUCGGGGCGUCGUGCGCAAGCGCAUCGUGCCUGUGAUUUUCGGCGACCAUCCGUGGGGCGUCGAUCGCGGCUUUGACCCACGGCGCCUGCCGCAGCCACAUGCCGACAUUGUGCGUGUGGCGCCGGCUGCAUCUGCUGAUCAGGGUACUGAGCAGGGCUCUGGUCAGGGUGCGGAGGCGAGGCCUGCGCGCACACGCAAGGUGCCGCCGGGCAAGGCCGGGUCGGCUAUUUUUAAUGCCGGCCUGGCUCUGAUGCGCCUUGAGCACGUCGAGCAGUUCAUGGCGCACCCCGAUCAGGCUGUUGUUUUUGAGACUACUAGCGCUGACGGUCGCUCUCUGCGCGUGUCGCCGUGGUCUCCCAGCUGGUGGCCGACAAGCUUAAAUUGAAGCAAGAGAGUGUGGGAGCCGAUACAGAGGAAUAAAUAUGACCACAUUCUUUGGGCCCUCUCUUACUCUCUUUUUUGACUUUUUUCAUUCACGCACAGCGAGUUAAAAGAGGACGAAAAAGAGGGACAAGGGAAGGGAGCAAAGGCUUCGAAUCUUUUUCUUUUCAUUUGCGGACGAAAUUGGUUCUAUUUUUUUUUAAGUACGAUUACUUUUUUU